AUGCUCGACUCGAUACCUAUACUGAACUCAGGUGAACACACCACUAAGAAGUGCUCCCAUACAAAGGAUCUCAAGACCCACCAGGAACGCAUCAUGAGUCUCGUGAAGCUCCCCGCCACAACCACAGUAACCAACUCCCUCAUCAACGGGGAGAUCAACCAAUGGCACCUCCACAACCCUGCCGCUGCAAAGGUCGACGUCCCCACAGUGCUCAUACACGGGUAUGCUGCCUCCUCCAUGGCUUAUUAUAGGACACUAGCUACUCUAAGUAAGAAUGUCAAGGACGUUUACGUCAUUGACUUGCCCGCUAAUUCCCUAUCAUCUGUACCCCCACAUUCUGACAUUAGCCAUUUGAAGAUAAACAAGAUCAAAGUCGUUCAAGUGAGCAAGGACAAAGAGAAUGAGAAAUACGUGUUCAAAGUGGCUCCACCGCAUGCGUACGACGCACAGAGGGAAAAACAAGUAAUUGACAAAUUGGAGAACUACUACUUGGACGUUAUUGAAAAAUGGAGACGCGCAAACUAUGGACUAGACAAGUUCAACCUCGUGGGUCAUUCCUUUGGAGGGUAUUUGUCCUUCAAAUACGCUAUCAAGUACCCUGAAGUCGUCGAUAAAUUGUGUUUGGUGUCGCCCCUGGGGGUCGCUAGCAAUAUACGGUCUGUCAAUAAUGUGUUUGAUACCAAGAAAGAAUACGUCAUGGAUUUACAGAACCCGGGAUCCAUGCUUUAUAAUAGACAGAGAAUGAUCCCAAAUUUCUUGUUUAAUAAUCAACUGAACGUGUUGAAAUGGAUGGGUCCCGUGGGGUCUAAAUUGACAAGGAAAUAUAUCAAUAGUGCAUAUGUGAAAGUGCCCACUAUGGAUUAUAAGGAUUAUCUUUAUGAAUAUUUCCAAAUGGGGGUACCUCAGGUCAACGUCGAUAUCUUUACCAAAUUGUUCUCAAGGAACUUGAUGGCAAGAGACCCCAUCAUGGAUAACAUGAACCGUUUGAAAUCUACGAGGUUUAUGAUGAUGUAUGGGGACAACGAUUGGAUGGAUAAAUUCUCAGGAUACACUUUGGUACAGAACAUAAAUAAAAUAAAGAAUAAUUUCGAUAGGAAGGCCACAUAUGUGGAAAUCCCGGAUGCUGGACAUAAUUUAUUCUUGGAUAACCCGGAGGAUUUCAGCAACAAUUUGAUUAAAUUCUUGUCAUGA